GGUAGAUCCACUGCCGACCCACAGAUCAAGCGCCUGGUGCUGAGGGUGAUCUGUAGCACUUCCUGGUUUCAGGUUCAAGCUCAUGGACCAGCUGCCGCAGCUCUACAYUCGGCUCCACGCGGGUCAGUCUGGUCUGGUGGACCAGGACCAGCAGCCCCUCAACGUCUCCAGGAGGAACUACUUCCGGAGCAAGUCGGGGCGCUCGCUCUACGUGUCCAUCUGCAACAUGCACCAGCACAUCAGCCAGAACCCGGACUGGUURGAGAGGCAGCUUUCUCCUGACGGCUCUUCAUCCGACCCCUCUUCGGUACCGGGUCCGAGCCCACCUUCAGAGCCCGCCGGACCCUCGCCACCUGCAGUCGAGCAGAGGUUUCACCCCGGCCUGGUGCUGAACCAGGUGGUGGUGAGGACGCCGUCGAUGGACGGGGUCGACGGAGCGCCGAGGAAGAAUGUGCUCCUGCAGGCCUCCAGCUCCAGUCCUGGACCUGGUCUUUGUCCCAGUCCAGACCUGCCUCACUGUUCCCUGUCUGCGCAGGGAUCCGCUUCAAGGUCCACCCCUGAGGAGUCCUGCUCCUCUUCCUCAGCUCCCCCCGUCCUCCAGGAUGAAGAGUCCCCUCCCCKCGUCCAGGUGGAAGAGGAGCAUCCUUCGGUUCCAGAGGCCCCACCCCCCCGCGACUCGGGCAUCUACGAUUCGUCGGUGCCCUCGUCGGAGCUGUCCAUUCCCCUGAUGGAGGGGCUGUCACAUGACCAGGUGGACUCCGCCUCCCUGGCGGAGAGCGAGUCGUCUUCGUCGGGGCUGGGUGACGAGGAGGCGCCGACGGUCACGCCGCUGCGCUGCAGCACCGUCUGCAAGGCCGAGCUGCACCACCUGGAGCACGGCAGCGGCGCACACGCAGCCUCGCUGUAGGGGGCGCUCUGAGCCAGGAGGAGCAGGAAGCAGCCGGGAGGAGCAGGAAGCAGCCGGGAGGCGCCGCUGUGGUCAUAAAAACCAAACCAGAGGAGCGGAGCCGUGGUUCCUGGUGGUCCGGAACACUGAAACUUUGCCUGAACCACUUUUCUUCAUCACGGCGUCCAGCGGUUCUGGAUCGAUGAACUUUAAUCCUUAAUUUAAACAAAUAAUCUCACAGAGAUGAAGAAACGAGCGUCGAUUACGUCCUCUGGUGCUGACGGUCGACGGAACGAACAAAGUUUCCUUCACGUAAGAGUUGGAUUUUUGGUUCUGGUCGGGUCCAGAAAUGUAGAAAACGUCAAGAAAAUCGUGCCAAAAUCUGACAAACGCCUUAAUUUUUACACCCAAUUUGUGCUGUUUUUCAGCUAUUUAAAUUAAAACCAACAAAACAACCUAUUUACCACUGGAAAAACACUUUUUAUAGAAUAUUUUAUUCAUAAAAACUGUAAAUAUUCUCCAUAACUUCAUGGUUUAUUUACAGUGCGACACAGAGAACGCAGAGAGACGGUACAACUGCCUGAAAAUGUGAGAAAAUGUGACGUAAGUGUCAUUUUAGUGAAUAGAAAUUAAAAUAUUAUUCAGGAAUUUCUGCCCUAAAAUGAACAUUUCUCUUUCUGAUCCACUCAGCCCUGCAGAGAUCAUAAAUAUUUAUAUUUUUACAUGAAGUACGUGUUUCUGAAUGACUUUUUUUUAUUUUAAAAAAAUUACAAUUUAAGAACAGUUUUUAGAAGAGAGAACAUUUAAAACUUCAAGGAUGUUUUUAUUUUUGGUGCUUUUUUAAAUCAGAAAUAAAUUUCCCGUUCAUAUUUUACUAGUUUUCUGGCAGGAAGCUCCAGUUAUUUUAUUAUUCUUAACAAAAACUUCAAAUUUUACUGUUUUUAAGUCAUUUUAAGCUCAGUUUUCAGAUUUAUUUGAGUCGCUGCUCAGUCUGCAUGUUUGUUUGUUUGUUUGUUUGUUUGGACUGAAGAUUUAUUAUCACUUACUUGUAAAUAUGAGAACUAUUUCAUUGUGUACAGUUAGAGUAUUAGUAUUUUUAUAUCCAUUUUAUAGAAAUGUAAUGUUUUUUUUACAUUAAUGUAGGUAAAUAAAUGUCUGCAUCACA